UUGAAGUGAACCCGGACGCCGUGGCUGGCUGGGUAAACACAGAUCGAGCUGUAUAAAUAUAUUUAUUAAUAUAAAUGAUCAGUUUAAUCGAUCAGGAGCUUUAAUCAGAGCGCGAGGAGCUGAGGGUAAAGCGGCAGCGAUGCUGAAGGCUGUGAUUCUGAUCGGAGGUCCUCAGAAAGGUACGCGGUUCCGUCCGCUGUCCUUCGAGGUGCCGAAACCCCUGUUUCCGGUGGCAGGAGUUCCAAUGCUGCAGCACCACAUCGAGGCCUGCGCUCAGGUGCCAAACAUGAAGGAAAUCCUGCUGGUUGGGUUUUACCAGCCGAACGAGGAACUGAACCGCUUUUUGUCGGCCGCUCAGCAAGACUUCAAAGUGUCAGUUAGGUAUCUGCAGGAGUACGCCGCUCUGGGUACAGGAGGAGGAAUCUACCACUUCAGAGAUCAGAUCCUCUCCGGUUCCCCCGAGGCUUUCUUCGUCCUGAACGCAGACGUGUGCUCCGAGUUUCCCCUGAUGGACAUGCUGAAGUUCCAGAAGGAGCACGGAGACGCUCACAGCUUCAUCAUCCUCGGCACUACUGCCAACAGGAAACAGUCUUUAAACUACGGCUGUAUUGUAGAGAAUGAACAGAGCUGUGAGGUUCUGCACUACGUGGAGAAGCCCAGCACCUUCGUGAGCGACAUCAUUAACUGUGGGAUCUACCUGUUCACCCCGGAGAUCUUCCAGCACAUCGGCGGCGUGUUCCAGAAGAACCAGCAGGAUCUGAUGCUAUAUCCGUACGAUGGGGAUGAGCAGUCUAACGGCUGGCAGCGAGCCGAGGCCAUCCGUCUGGAGCAGGACAUCUUCACGGCUCUGGCGGGUCAGGGAAAGCUCUACGUCUACAAAACGGACCGGUUCUGGAGUCAGAUCAAAUCAGCAGGGUCAGCCAUCUACGCCAGCCGGCUCUAUCUGAACCAGUACCAUAAAACCCAUCCUGAACGACUGGCUGAAAACAAGGAGGGCGGUCCUAAAAUAUGUGGAAACGUCUACGUCCAUCCAACGGCCAAUAUUGACCCCACCGCUGUGUUGGGUCCAAACGUAUCGAUAGGAACUGGGGUAACAAUCGGAGCCGGGGUUCGAGUGAGAGAGUCCAUCAUCCUCCACGGAGCCACGUUACAGGAUCACAGCUGUGUGUUGAACAGUAUUGUGGGCUGGGAGAGCACUAUCGGUAAAUGGGCGAGAGUGGAGGGCACACCCAGUGACCCCAACCCCAACGACCCCUACUCCAAAAUCGACAGUGAGACGCUCUUCAGAGACGGAAAACUCACCCCAUCCAUCACCAUCCUGGGCUGUAACGUGACGAUCCCGUCUGAAGUGAUCAUCCUGAACUCCAUCGUUCUUCCACACAAAGAUCUCAACAGAAGCUUCAAAAACCAAAUUAUUCUCUGAUUUAAUCUCAUUUAAAGCUUUUACCGUCAUCAUUUCAGCCAUAUUAUAGAAUUUUAUGCAAACAAGAGCAGGGAAUUAUUAACGUUACUGUAAUGUUACUGAAUCCAUCCAGCUGUGGAGAUAUUUAUAAUGGUGAUAUUUGUGAUAUUUGGUGAUAAUAUUAAAGGUUAAAGAGUGGACUGA